GGUCACUUCCGGUUUGGUCAGGGUACACGUCACGACUGUCUGCUGCUCCACGUCAACUCUGGCGAGAUCUGCAGAAAAAUUGACAAAUAACCUCUGAAAUUCACCGAGCUUGCAGCUGGACUGAAAGCCCGAUUCAUCACACAACUCGAGAGGGUCUCCUGCUGGACAGUAGUAGUAAAAUAACUGCAAUAGAUUAUAUUUUAUAUCUGUUUUCGUAAAUUUGUAACCGUCCAAAAAUGAAAAGUUCGCUGAUUGUGUGCAUGUACCUCGCGCUGUUGAUCGCCGUAACUCUGGCCAAGCCCGCGGAGAACAACCGGGUGAAAGAAGAGGCGAAGCUGAGCGACCAAGAACAUUUCGAAGGAAACGAACACAACCCAGAUUAUGAUCAUGAUGCUUUUCUUGGUCAUGAAGAUGCAAAGACAUUCGAUAAUCUUAGUCCAGAAGAAAGCAGAAACAGGCUCGGGAAAAUUGUUGAGAAGAUUGAUGCAGACAAGGAUGGAUUUGUCACGGAAGAAGAAUUGAAAGAUUGGAUCGUUUUACAACAGAGGCAAGCCAUCGACAGGGAUGUUACAGAGCGCUGGGUUUCUGUCGACUCAAAUAAGGACAAAAAGGUGGAGUGGAAUGAAUUCAUGCGAGGGACUUAUGGAGCAGAUGAACAACAAUUAGAGGAAGAGCUUUCAAGAAUGCAAGAGAAUGAACACAUGGACUUCAGCACUAUGAUCCGACGUGACAAGAAGAGAUGGAAGGUCGCUGAUAUUGACGGUGACGGUGACCUGACCUACGAAGAGUUUGUCGGAUUUCUACAUCCCGAGGAGAAGGCUCACAUGAGGGAAAUCGUCGUCGAGGAAACCAUGGAGGAUAUUGAUCAGAAUGGAGAUGGUUUUGUUGACAUUGAUGAAUACAUUGGUGACAUGUGGCCCAAGAGUGAGCGCGAGAAGGGCGGUGCAGAGCCUGAUUGGGUGCAGACUGAGCGUGAGCAGUUCUUUGCUUUCCGCGACAAAGAUGGCGAUCAUAAGAUGGACAAAGAAGAGAUAGGUCAGUGGAUCCUCCCGCAAGACUAUGACCACGCCCAAGCCGAAGCUCAACAUUUAGUAAUGGAAUCAGAUGCUGAUCACGACAAGAGGCUGACAAAAGCUGAAAUCCUUGAUAAAUAUGACCUCUUCGUGGGAAGCCAGGCAACAGACUUCGGCGAAGCUCUGACCAGACAUGACGAGUUUUAAUUUUUGCUCCAUCUUGCCUUCCUCCAAGACUAGUCUAUGCAUGUCAAAGAAAACAAUGAAAGAAACCAGAGGUAUUAACUCCUCAAAAUGUACAUGUAUGCCCUUCUGCCAGAAAUAUCAAAGUGAAUAGAGAUGACUACAGUGCUAUGGUUGGUUAUUGGUGAAAGGUAGCAAGUGACAUUUGAAAGUUAUGCCCUUUAAAUGAUUGCUUGGAGAAAACUUCUGUAUGGAUGCACAUCUCUUCAUAUUAUGGAAUUAUGCCCUUUUUGUGACAGCCAUGGAAUGCAUUGCAAGUUGCUGUAAUAAUCCACAUGUUGCAGACAUAAGGAAGCAAGUAGAAUAUGCUCAGUUUUCACAUUUUCAGGUUGGAGAUAUACAGACUUGUGCACCAUCUGAUUUAGAGCAUUCAUCCAUUCUACUU